AAUAUAAUAUUGAUAUAACAUAAAAGCACAUAACAGUGUUUGAGUGUAAAUUACCCUCCUUUUAUUUUUUAUUUUUUAUUUAAUUAGUGUUUACUCGCGAUAAAUACUCUAUAAAAUUAUGAAAAAGUUAAGUUGCAUUGUAUAGUGUUUUAUAGUGUGAUAAUUGAAUAAAGUACAGUUAUAACAUUAUGUGACAUGUUAUGAAGUGUGUGACAUUUUAAGACAGUGUAAAGUGUUUCAAGUAAAGUAUUUUCUAACGUAUUUAAUUAAUUAUACAUAGAUUUAAAAUGGGCAAUAGGUCUAAACCGCUGCUUGUUGAAAAUUGUCGGUUUGUGGCCGGAAGAGAUCAAAGAUAAACGUGAAGAAUUAUUGUCAAAUCUGGGAUUUUUAUUCAACGUCAUUACAUUAAUUUUCGUAUUAACUAUACCGGCUUUAGUGUCACUAAUGAGAGUAUGGGGUGAUAUGAUACUGAUGAUAGAUAAUUUACAAUAUACUCUGCCUCUUGUAAUAACAACACUGAAAGUCUUCAUCAUGUGGUAUAAGAAAGGAGCUCUAUCGCCGUUAAUCAAUAUGAUUGUAAAAGAUUGGAUGAGAGCAAAAAUAAAAGAAGAGAGAAAUGUUAUGCUAAAACAAGCUAGGAUCGUCCGCUUACUCGCCAUAUGCGGCGGAAUUAUGAUACUUUUUACAUUGCUGGUGACUGUUUGCUCUUUCCUUUUCGGCCGUACGCUCAGAUACGUAACAAAUUUUACCGAUCCAUUUGGAAAGCCUUUGCCAAUACAAACAUAUUAUUUACAUGAUGUAUCUACUAGCCCGAAAUAUGAAAUAACAUAUCUAAUACAAAUAAUCUCGUUGACGAUAUCCGGUGUUUCUUACACUGCAGUCGACAAUUUUCUUGGACUUCUUAUCUUACAUGUAUGCGGCCAGAUGGAAAAUUUGCAUCUGCGACUACUCAACCUGGGGAAGAAUCAAAAUUUUCAAGCACUUUUAAAAUACAAUGUCAAUGACCACAUCCGCUUGAUCAGAUCUAUACACGUCAUUGAUAACACAUUCAAUUUAAUGUUGCUUGGCCUGUUAUUCUUCUUUGGGAUAUUGUUUUGUCUUCAUGGAUUUCUAAUAAUUAACGUUGUCAAUCAAGGUGGUCACUUGUCACUUAUGCAAUUUAUUUUAUACAUCUCUGCGAGUGUAGCUGUUUUAAUGCAUACGUGUCUUUAUUGUGCCGUUGGAGAACUUCUCACGACUCAAUCUGAAAAAAUACAUCGCGCCACAUACGAGUAUGUAUGGUAUACUUUAAAACCGAAGGCAGCAAAAAACUUGACAUUAAUUAUGCUUCGUGCAAAAAAACCCCUCACUAUCACUGCAGGAAAAACAUUCCCGAUGACAAUGUCCACAUUUUGCAACUUGCUGAAAACAUCGGCUGGCUAUGUAUCUGUAUUGCUUGCCAAUCGAGAUUAAUGAUAACACAAUUAGAAGUACGUAAAUUAGUAGUCGUUCUUAGUAUUAUAGUAUAUUUAGUAUUAUAAUGCCAUUAUGAUAUAAACUUAAAAAUAAUUUCUUUACAUAAAUAUGCUAUAUACAAACUUUACAUCAUAUAUUGAAAAUUAUAAAAUAUUAGAAAUAUAUUUUUUUCAUAUA